CAUUUCUUAAGCAUGAUUACGCACCAAUGCAGCAGAAGGAUUCAUAAAGCGGAAUAAAAAAAAAGUGUAUUUGAUAAAAUCCCCUUUCAGUCAAAGAUAUACAGUAUGGGAACAGAAAUGUCGAAAGAGAAAAGUGGUCCAAACACCGUCCUAGAGGAUACCAGAAGUGAAUAUAUUGAUGAAGUCCUGCAGCAGGAAGUCAAUGACAGCCAUCAUGAAUGCGAUGAAGACGAAGGAGAAUUAAGUGAAUUGGAAAAGCUUGCUCAAACCAUAGACCCAAAAGAUAACGUUGAUGAGUAUCCUUUUGAAAAUCUCAUUUUCGAGGGAGGUGGAGCAAAAGGGAUAGCAUAUCCUGGAGCAUUGAGGGCGCUAGAGGAUGUUGGUAUUAUGACAAAGAUAAAAAGAUUUGCUGGUACAAGUGUUGGCUCCAUAACGGCAACAAUGGCUGCGCUUGGCUACAAAAGUACUGAAAUUAAAGAAGUCAUGUCAACGGAUUUUUCAAAGUAUUAUGAUGCUAAAUAUGGAAAAUUUAGUCUCGUUCCUAAUCUCUUUUGGUACUUGGGAUGGCAACCACUUCAUACCCUGUAUGAUUACAUCGGAGAAAUAGUUGAGAAGAAACUUGGCGAUAAGGACGCUACAUUUGAACAACUUUACAAAAGCUUAGGCAAGGAAUUGUGCAUUGUUGCAACAAAUCUUAAUGAUAUGGAAGAGACCUAUUUCCAUCCAAAAACUACUCCCAAAAUGCCACUCAGAAAGGCAGUUCGUAUGUCUAUAAGCCUCCCAGGUAUUAUGCAGCCAAUUAAACAUACCGAUUUUGGAGUGGAAAGCAUGUAUGUGGAUGGUGGUGUACUCAUCAACUACCCAAUAGAGUGUUUCGAUGGGUGGUGGCUUUCAAUGAAAAAAGAGAAUUCGUUUUUCGAAAGAUUACAACCUUUAGAGCAACUCCCCUUUAUAAUGGACAGAAAAAACAGAUUUGCUCGCGAUGAGGCUCAAUCCGCCAAAUCGCUUGGAUUCAUACUGUAUUCUGAUGAUGAAAUUCAGUCGUUCAAGUCAAUAUUUGAAUCAAGAAGAAGAACAAAAGUACAGUUUCCAGAUACACCAAUGGGAAGAGAGGCAAAACAAAAGAUGAAAAACAAAAGGAAGUUGAAUAAAGAACACCAAUGUGUGAGAUCCUCUGUUAGCAGGUUUCUGAAGAUACUGCAAAAGCAUAACCUGGACAAAGAUGAAUUCAUCAACAGAGAGGAACUACAGAACGCCAUAAAAAGUGAGAACCUUUCUGAAUGCGACAAGAAGCGGUUGUUUGGGAAGAAUAUAACUGUUGAGGAAGUGAUGACAAAGUUAGACAAAGAUGGAAAUGGAAAGAUAAGUUAUGAAGAGUUAGUUUCAUUCAUCGAAGAAACAGGGAUAUCAGUGGUCCACAGAAGACUACGAUUUGGAAGACAACAAGUGAAUACGCUGCUUUCUUUACUACAAAGCCUCUACAAUACAAUGUCAAUGAAUAUUGUACGGAUAUCAGUUAGCGCUGAAGAUAUGUCUCGCACAGUUGGAUUAAACUCGCAUUAUAUAGGAACCCUUACAUUUAAUUACACCAAGGAGGAUGCAGAUUUCGUCGAUCAGGAGAGUUAUAAAACCACUAUGGCAUUCUUGAAGAAUUUCGUAGCAAAACUAAAGAUGGGAAAAUAAGUAUGCCGAAACUCCAGCCACAAGCAGCAUAUUGUGUUUGGACAAUUGAAACGAUUUAUUUGUAAAUGAAUUUAUUUUUAAUGGAUUGCUUUUAUUGCCUAAACUCUAGAAUGUUUAUUGAAACUGCUUAUGUAUAAGGCACAAAUUACAAAUUAUGAAUAUGAAUUAAGGACAGAUGGUCAAAGAAAACAAAAAUGGAUGCUUGGAUUGGUAAAUAUUUUUGGUCCUAUUUUGGUUGUAAAUGUCGAAUUUAAUUUCUAAAAUAUUAAGAGGUUGUAAACUUUCUAUUUAAUUGGUUCAAAACUGUACCUUCUAUUAAUCUAUCAAUUGUUUGUCGCUUUGUCGUAUUUUUAUUUUUUUAGGUUUUAUACGCCAUAUAUAGCUUUAAACAUUCAUUUUACUUACACAAACAUGACUUAAGUUGUUAUUUUCCAAAUUUUUGAUAAAAGAUAUGUUUGUAUCCUCUGUCCUUAAUUAGAUACAUGUAUUAUAAAUGCGGCGUACAAUAGAUAUAAUUUAAACGUAAAUACAGUUUAUUGCAAUUAGUUUAUUGAGAAAUGAAGUGUAAAGUUUAAUUAAUAAAUACGAGUAUCCAAAAGCUACGAUUCUAUUAUUUUUUAUUCCCCUGCUCCGAAGCAGGGGGUGUAUACUGUUUUACCCUUGUGUGUCUGUCUGU